AUGGAAUUUACGGCAUGGAGGGCAAUGCUGCCUGCGCCCGGGAGGCUACGUGAGAAUGGCAUCACUUCAUCGUCAUGGCGUUCAAUGAGCAGUUCCACUUGGAGACCAGUCUCUGUCCUAGACGAAUGGGUCGUGAGAGAAGCACGCCCGAUCAGCUUGCGCCAGCUCAUGGUCUUUGGCCGCUCCCUUACCGAAUCACGACUCUUGAGCUCUGCCAACUAUGUUCGAACUGAGCUGCCGACUCGAAUAGCACAUCGCAUUCGAGACAUGCAACAGCUGCCCUACGUCGUUGUCACGAACCCCCAUAUCAAAGAAGUCUACGAAUUAUACAACAAUGCAUUCGACACCUUUCGCAAGAUCAAGGAGAUCAAGACCCUCGAGGACAAUGAGAGAUUCUGCCAAAUCAUCAGCGGGAUGCUCAAGGCGCACCUCACCGUCAUACCUAAGCUCUCCAUGGGCAUCUUGGAAAGCAGAGGCAGCCUGGAUGCCAAGGACCUCGACAAAUUCAUGAACACAGUCUUGCGAUCUGUAAGUGCUCUUGCAGCCAUGGUACACACACCCCGCGCAGACCCACGUAGGCCUAACUUGAACGUCAUGCAGAGAAUAUCAAGGAGAGUCAUCGCAGAGCAGCACCUCGCCCUCACAGAAACCUACCACUCCCCCUGGUUCUCCCCGGGCGCAAAGCUUUCUGAGUCCGAGUUCAUCGGCGAGGUCUUUAUCAAGUGCAUUGCAAAGGAUGUCAUCGAGCGCUGCACCCGCGCCGUCCAGAGCCUCGCCCGCUCCACCUACGGCCACGACGUCCAGGUCCCCGAAAUCAAGGUCGAGGGCCACCUCGAGUCCAGCUUCCCCUACAUCCUCAGCCACCUCGAGUACAUCAUCGGUGAGCUCCUCCGCAACUCCGUCCAGGCCGUCAUAGAACGAAGGCAGCGGGGCAACAAAGACAACAACAACAACAAGGCCAAAGACGCGAACAAUAACCCCCCGCCGCCCAUCGAAGUCACCAUCUGCGAGGCGCAGCAGCACGUAAUCAUCCGCAUUUCGGACCAAGGAGGCGGCAUCCCGCGCGAGGAGCUCCCCUACCUCUGGUCCUUCUCAAAGGGCCCCCAGAGCCAGCGCCGCCUCGAGAACCUAGGCCGCGUGCCCAAAUUGGCCGCCACCAUGCAGGAGCUCCACGUCUCGGAUGAGCUGGGCCGCGCCGACAUGAAGACCCCCAACAACCACAGUCACGCCCACACCCAUGGCAACUCCCUCGCCUCCAUGACGAGCCGGCCGCCCGAUCUGCGGCUGGGCAUGGGCCUGCCCCUGAGCCGGGUCUACGCCGAGUACUGGGCCGGCAGCCUCGAACUGCACAGUCUCGAGGGGUACGGCGUGGACGCCUUUCUUCAGAUUUCCAAGCUGGGUAACAAGAACGAGCAGUUGACGACCAGGGCCACGAUGGAUGCAGUAUAA